AUGGCUGCCCCUUCGGGUGUGGCUCCCUCGGCGGUCCCUUCGGACGCCUCGGGCUCCGUCGCGUUGGUCGCCUCUUCAGGCGUCGUGGCUGCGGCUGACGAGACAGGGACGCCUCCCACCGCCACAGACUCGGCGUCCGGCUCCUCCGCGACGGGCUCGACCUCAUCUUCGCCCAGUACCGUGCCCGUCUCUCUAGCGGUCGCAGCACCACCCCUCACCCUUCGCGAUCCGCUCUGGCUUGCCGUGAUGCGUGAGGAGUUUGAUGUGUUGCAGCGCAACCGCACGUGGCAUCUGGUUUUGCAGCCUCCCCAUGCUAACGUCAUCAGUGGACACAAGACACAUCCUGACGGGUCUCUCAGGCGCUACAAGGAUCGCCGGGUGGUCUGUGGUUUUCGACAGCACGCCGGCGUGGACUUCACCGACACCUUUGCCCCGGUUGUCAAGACGGGCAUGAUCCGUGUUGUUCUCCAGUUGUUCGCCUCUCGUACCUAG